AUGAGGACGCGAAACGGGGAUACUGCUAAACCGGCGACAACGCCUAAACGAACUCCGGUGAGCAGAAAAACUGCCGCCAAAAACACUUAUGUGACGACGCCUGAUGCUGCAGUGGAAUCGAUAGCUCCAAAAGCUUCUGAACUGGAACCAGGCUUGCCAGGUAAAUCCGAGCAGACCAUGGACGAAGAUAAACCACCUUCUCCAACUGUCGUUCCUGAUUCGGAAUCGGAUCAAUUAGCAGUUGAAGAAGCUCAAGUAUCAAACAAUACAUACAUUGUCAUGAUGGAUGCAAAAACUAUUCCGCGGACAAGAAGGGUAGUGAAGAAAGUUGUGAAGAUGGUGAAGAAAAAAUAG